CACCUCCUCCUCCUCCUUCUCCUGCCUGGUAAGGCUCCUCUCCUUCCUGUCCCUUUUCUUCCUCCUCCUCUUCUCCUCUUCCUCCUCCUCUCUGUAAAUAGAAACUCUUUACAAGGCUCAGAUCAUCACCAGUUGUUGCCGCAGCCUCAGGAGAACCAGGGUUCCACCACACUUUGACCAUGUAAGGGAUCAGAGUGAGUCUGGGGGUCUGGGGGCCUCGGGGCUUGGGGGGCCCCUGAAGACCCCAGGACCCCCCAGCUGCGUUCAGACCGUCAUCACGUCCCAGAGAGCUGCUCUACUUAAGCCUCCGCUCUCUGCACGACGACGAGCAGCCGGAGGAAGACGAGCAGAGAUGGCGAGCAGAAAGACGAAGAAGAAGGAGGGCGGAGCCAAGCGAGCGCAGAGAGCCUCGUCCAACGUCUUCUCCAUGUUCGAACAAAGUCAGAUCCAAGAGUUCAAAGAGGCGUUCACACUGAUCGACCAGAACCGGGACGGAUUCAUCGACAAAGAGGAUCUGAAGGACACGUACGCAUCUCUGGGUAAACUCAACGUGAAGGACAAUGAGUUCGAAGAGAUGCUGCGCGAAGCUUCAGGUCCGAUCAACUUCACCAUGUUCCUCAACCUGUUCGGAGAAAAGCUGCACGGAACCGACCCGGAGGAAACCAUCCUAAACGCCUUCCGACUGUUCGAUCCCGACGCCCGAGGCUUCGUCCACAGAGACGAAUUACAGAAGUUAUUGAUGACACAAGCCGACAGGUUCACACCUGAGGAGGUGAAGCAGAUGUUUCAGUCGUCGAACAUCGAUGCCGCAGGAAACCUGGAUUAUAAAUCUCUGUGUUACAUCAUCACACACGGCGAAGAGCAGGACGAAUAAAGAGUCACGUGACAAAGAUCAGAGUCCGAGAUGAAACUGACGACAAUAAAAUAAUAACUGACGGAAACUUUGAUCUGGAGUCACUAGGUUUUUUUCUUCACACUGAAAAAUCUGAACAUCUACAUGACUCGUUAUAAAAUAUAAAUAUAUAAAGACGAUCUGCAACUGUAUAUACAGUCAGGCUUAUGAGCUGUACUGCAGCCAGCCACCAGGGGGCGAUCGUGAUGAUUUGACUUCAUGUUGUCAUCUUUAUUUACAGUCUGAACAACGGACCAGUGAUUUUAUGAUUUUAGAUGAAAGCAUGUUUAAAUCUGGAACAGAAUUUGAAUAAAACUUUAUUAGAA